GGAACUUUGUACGUUAGAAACACAUCAGGAGUACAGAAGAAAAUGUUCCGGAAAUAUUAACCGACUUUAAAUAUCUGCUGAUGAAUAAACUUAUGGAGGAGUGAGGUUUUGUAUUUAUUAAUUUAUUAAAUAAGUGAACAGUUAUUCAGCAUGGACAUAUCCUCUGAUGAAGCUGAUGACUGGUUUAUAGAAUCUCUAAACACAUAUAAAGAUCUGCAUGUAUUUCAACUCGAGCAUCCGACAAAAGUAAUAGAGUGGACGGGUGAAAAAAGUAUUUGUGUUGCAGGAUACACUGGAGCAAGAAGUGAAAUCUUAGAGUUACUUCUGCCUCUUAAAUUAUAUGCAGGAGAAAACCAGAGUCUUUGUGCAGAAAGAGACUUCAAAGUACAGCAUGGUGGCUUUUCAGAGGAACCUAUUGAGAGUUUGAUACAUAUCCCUGGAACAAGAUGUGCGGUGACUACUGGAAGUUCUAGUUCAACGUUGCAGAUUUGGGAUAUUGGAGGCGAUGAUAGUGAUGUUAUAAAAAGGACUGGAGUCAUAAACCUCAAGAGCACAUCAGCAAAAGGCAUUAAAAUAGCACCAGGAUUGACAGACGAACCAGCAGUCCUUCAUGGUUCUGGUAUAAGUGAAGUUCAGCUGACAGAGAUAGCAACAGGACGGGUUCUGUAUACAGUAGCGAAAGAGUCCUCCGAUUCAGUGAGUGGCUUACAGUUUGUGAAUGCUUGUGUAUUUCUCAUUUGUGCGAGUAAUGGCACUUUGCUAAUGGGUGACACAAGAGAUCCCUCGACUUGUCAUUAUCCUCUGCAAGACAGUAAGAGUGGUUUGCACUGGUCAUUUGGGUUGAGGAGUGACAGCUCUCAGUCCGAACCUUCCUGUUGUACUGUAGCCAGACUCUCGUCCUCUGGUCACAUGCUGCUGUCUGAUCUAAGAGAUUUGCAGAGUCCGUUUUGUCAAACGAAACUAAAUGUCCAACAUAGCACAUCAAAGAAUGACUUUCUGAAUGUUUCUUGGGCUCCUGUUCUCAACAGAUGUCUUUCUGUGUCGGAAGGCUUUGAUGGAACAGUGCACAUCUACAACACAAUGGAUUGGAGUACAGAGGGACAGAGCCCUCAGCCAGUUUUUUCACACCGUGGUCAUGAAAUGUCACAUGAAGCAAAAUACAGCAGUUCCCCGCCUGUGGUUACCACCCAUUCUUGGCAUCAAUCACGACCAAAAACUCUUCUCUCAGCAGCUACGGAUGGAUCUCUACAUGUAUGGGACUGGGUGGAUAAAAUCAUUGACAGAUGAUGUUGAUGUUCAUUAGAUAAUUAAUAGUCAAAACUAUUGUGUAAUGAUACAAGGAAAUCAAAUUUGCAUAAUAGUUUGCAGUCCGAGUACAAUGUUUGUGAACUCAUUGAGUAAUAUUAAACAAUUGAAAAAUUAUUUUGACAGUGAUCUUUAGCAAACUAUUAUUACACAGCUCUCUGGAAUACUUAAUUCUGAUUGGUCAGUCGCUGCUUUCAGCAGUGUGAUAUUUCAACUCAAAUCGGAAUUUCAUGUCCAUGUAUAUGAAUUUAUGGUGAGUAGCCAUGUAAUAAUCAUCAUAAAAUUUAAUAUAGUAGCAUAACACCAUUUCUACACUGGACGCAGACAGCGUGAUGAGACAAAAGCAAAGAGAGCACAUUAUUAUCACUGAUGCGGGAUGGUGACAAAUCCAUGUUAUAUUUCUGACGUAGGCCUACUC